AGAGGGGCUGUUGAUAUCAAUAUGGCGGUUGUCAGCCAGACAAAGACAGUCAGUCUGAUGUGAUUGAGACAAGGGAGGUUUUCAGGGGGAGACUGGGAGAUAGGGGCCUCCCCUCCCCCUUCUCCUCUUCCUGCGCCGGCCUCAACCCCUCCCCAGUCCCCUCCCGACCGGCGCCCCACGCGGAAGACACCCCUCCCCCUCCCGCUUUCCCCUCCUCCCUACCUCAGCCCUUCGUACCGGGACGUUGGGGAGGGGGCUGUGCCGGGUGGAGAGAACUCAGCAAGGAUUCUGAGAAUGAUAAAUAACGCUGAUCAUCUCUAGAAAAGAUAUUGAUUCACCUCAUGUAAAGUAUGCUCAGUUCCUUUCCAGUGGUUUUGCUGGAAACCAUGUCUCACUAUACAGAUGAACCCAGAUUUACCAUAGAGCAGAUAGAUCUGCUUCAGCGCCUUCGACGUACUGGAAUGACUAAACAUGAAAUUCUUCAUGCCUUGGAAACUUUGGACCGUCUUGAUCAAGAGCAUAGUGACAAGUUUGGAAGAAGGUCCAGCUAUGGAGGAAGUUCAUAUGGGAAUACUACCAACAAUGUUCCAGCAUCUUCCUCUACAGCUACAGCUUCCACACAGACCCAGCAUUCUGGAAUGUCCCCAUCACCUAGCAACAGUUAUGAUACCUCCCCACAGCCUUGUACUACCAAUCAGAAUGGGAGGGAGAAUAACGAGCGAUUAUCCACAUCCAAUGGAAAGAUGUCACCAACUCGCUACCAUGCAAACAGCAUGGGUCAGAGGUCAUACAGUUUUGAAGCCUCAGAAGAGGACCUAGAUGUAGAUGAUAAAGUAGAGGAAUUAAUGAGGAGGGACAGCAGUGUGAUAAAAGAGGAAAUCAAAGCCUUUCUUGCCAAUCGGAGGAUUUCCCAAGCAGUUGUUGCACAGGUAACAGGUAUCAGUCAGAGCCGGAUCUCUCACUGGCUGUUGCAGCAGGGAUCAGACCUGAGUGAACAGAAGAAAAGAGCGUUUUACCGAUGGUAUCAGCUUGAAAAGACAAACCCUGGGGCUACGCUAAGUAUGAGACCCGCGCCCAUUCCAAUAGAGGACCCGGAAUGGAGACAAACGCCUCCCCCAGUCUCAGCUACAUCUGGCACCUUCCGACUGCGACGAGGGAGUCGAUUUACCUGGAGAAAGGAGUGCCUGGCUGUCAUGGAAAGUUACUUCAAUGAGAAUCAAUACCCAGAUGAAGCAAAGAGAGAAGAAAUUGCAAAUGCUUGCAACGCAGUUAUACAGAAGCCAGGCAAAAAACUGUCAGAUCUGGAACGAGUUACCUCCCUGAAAGUAUAUAAUUGGUUUGCUAACAGACGGAAGGAGAUCAAGAGGAGAGCCAAUAUCGAAGCAGCAAUCCUGGAGAGUCAUGGGAUAGAUGUACAGAGUCCCGGAGGCCAUUCCAACAGUGAUGACGUCGACGGAAAUGACUACUCAGAGCAGGAUACUUGGCAAGUACGCAAUGGGGAGGAGGAGGAGGGAAGAAGUUCAGAGGGAGGCAGAGAAGCAGAGAAGGACGACAGCACUAGCCAUAGUGACCACCAAGACCCCAUCUCAUUAGCUGUGGAAAUGGCAGCAGUCAACCACACUAUCUUGGCAUUGGCCCGACAAGGAGCCAACGAAAUCAAGACAGAGGCCCUGGAUGACGACUGAUGAGGGAGGAUUGGACACAAGAAGUUAACUUAGUUUAGACGUAGCACCUUAGCAGACUUUCCUCGGUCCUUAACAUGUGUUCUUACAGUAUAACUUGCAGUUUCUUGUAUGUCAGUUAGCCGUUAGGGUCUUGUUCUGUGAAGAUGGCAUGGUGCCCUCAGCCUUUGCAUAUACUCUCUCAGUAUUAAUUCCCAGUAAAUAAUAACCAACCAACCAACCAACCAACCAACCAAACUUCCCUCUCCCAGCCCCCGAGGCUAGAAAAUCUUGCUGCUGUGUCUUAGCAUUCCAAGAAAGUGCUUCCAGGUAUUUAGAUAGCCCUCAGUUCUCAAGUCUUAGGCUGUGUGUAAAACCUUGGGUACCUUUAGAUUCCUGUAACACUAGUCUGUACCCCUUUUCCUUCUCCGAGGCUGGUAGGAUGCAAGCUGAGGUAGUGUGGCCUAGGAUGGACAGACGCCAUUUGGGGAGUACCCACAGAGUGAAAGGGACACUAGAACCCCCACCUCAGUGUGGGAAGAAUCGAUUUCCAGCUGCAAUAAGCCGUGCCUCAUAAUAGUCACACUGUGGCUAGAUUAUACUUCUUUGGGUGCUGUGCUAAGAAUGUCAGUGGAAACACUCGAUCUCAGAUUUUGGUUGAUGUUAACAUGCCUGACACAGACAUCCUUUCCUCUCACAAGCUGUGUGACUUAAGUAGAUAAAAUACUGCCUCUGCCUUUGGGACCAUGAUUAAAACAAACAAACAGAAAAAUGACAAAAAACAAAAGUCAUUUAAAAAAAAAAAACCCACAAAGCCCAGCUUGAGAGCAUUGGGAAAAAACAUGAGCUGAAUGUCUAAUGGAUGCUAAGUCCAGUUCUCAGAACCACUAUACAGUACGUGGCACAGGUACAUGCCUGCCUGGAAAGGUGCUGGAGGUCGUCACGGAAGCUGCUUUGCCUCCUGUGUCCCCUUUCCCUGCUACCAAAAAAAGGCAUUUCGAGGAUGGAGCUAAUAAGGUCAAAAGUGAGUGAAUGAACUUGCAGUCUUUGUAUCCAUUAACUGAAGCCCCCUCAACAUGAGAGGUUGAUAGAGGACUUUAUAGCGGGAUUAUGCUGACUGACUCUCACAAAUGCAAAUACUUUCCUAACUAGGAGCAGAAAAAAGCAGGGGACGUUUGCCACUUAUGCGGUGGGUCUGCGAGAUACAACAGGAUGUGACUGCUUUGGUGUUCUCUUUACUCUGUCCUUGUAGAGGUGUGAAAAGCUAUAUUGCUACAGGCAAUUUAUUUAAUAAUUGGAAGCCAUAUUGAUAAUGGAUGUGGUAAUAUUUGUAAAGUUUAAUCUACUUUAAGCGGCAGUAACUAAUGGAAUUUUUUUCCUUGAUCACAUAUGUAGCACUUUUGUUACUUUUUAAAGAUAUUUAUAUUUGAUAAAUCUUUUUUUCAUUUUGAGAACUCAAAAUACCAAACAGUGAACUUGAGUUAUAAAGUCACCCUGUGAUCACCUUGUCGUCCAGUAGCAAAAUGAUGAACUAUUCAUGCGUCCAAGAAAAUUACAUCUGCUGGCCUUGUAUGAAAAUGAUCUCUUGGCAUCCCGAUUAAAGGACACACUGUCACUGUGGGCCCCCGAGGACUCUUUCAGGGGCUGCUCCUUCGCAGGUGAGGAAGACUAAACGUGUCAGGUGGGGAAACCUUGCAAGCAGUUCAGGUAACUUGUCUGUUAUUCUUUUAAGACACUUUCAUUGAAUUAUACUGUGGUCACAUGGGUAAAUUUCCUAGCCUUCUUAAAACACAGCCUUACAAAGGGACCCUUUAAAGAUGGACCAUCCUAAUGCCAUUUCUACCCAUCUCUUGAGAACCGUAACAGCAGAUGAAGGCCAGGGAGGGCUACACAGUACACUCUGAUCUGCGACCUUCCAGGACCCGUCAGUACCAAAUAGACACUGUGGUUGGUUUCAGCAACGCCUGUAAGGCCGGAGCACCCCUUGAGGCAGUUUUCUUCACGGCCUCAGUCCUUUGGGUGGCCUCCUCCCGCCUGUGGAGCCUGUAGAGUUCCCACAUGUUGUCGUUCGGUGGGUGGGCUCUCCCCCACGUCUCAGUCCUUCACAGAAAGAUCCUCGAACAGGAAGCCCCCUUUAAGCUCAGGCGCGGUGAUCACCUAAAAGGACGUGAGGGAGGGAGCAGCCCCUCGUAUGGGAGGAUGCAAACCCAGUCCUCCGUCCUGUAGGUUUAUCAUGGCAGCAGUUGGUGACGAACAGCACCUUUACCUCAAAAGGGACAACUCGUGAAGAGCUAGUGAUACAGUUGCUUCCGUUCUCCCUGUUUGGCCUGUGUCUUUACACACUUCCCUCUUGGAUUUCAACCAUCAGGCACCAAGUGUAAGUAACUAGACUUUCAUUUCAUCAGAAAUCUACAGUCACAUCCUCUCUGUCUGUGAACAACUCCUCUUCUCUUUUUCUCUGGGCUCCAAACCAAGGUCUCAUCUUGAGCUGACUCCUUGCUGCAAUUUUUUUAUCCUCUGCAGCAGGCAGAGUAGGGGGGUGUGGUCCAUCUCUUCACACAAACACCCCUUCCUGUCUUGCAGCCCAGCUUUUUGACCAGCUACAUAUUCCGCUGACCAGCUACUCUCUCUGCCCGCAACAGUGGAAAUAAUCCCUUUUUCAUAAAUGAUACCCCACCCCCGUCCUAAAAAUGUGAACAUCAAGUCCUUCUCUCUCUUUGGUCUUAAGAAGGGUUUGGGUAGAAGCAGUCUUCCCAUUUAACUCGUGGCUCUGCCUUUUAAAAUUGCUGUUGUCUCUUUUUGUUGUUGUUCAGAGAA